AUGUCGGACAGUACAAAUACCAAUUCUAGUGCUAAUGAAGAGAAAUUAGUGGCCAGCAAACUCGAAAAGGAUAAGGGUAAUGAAUUUUUCAAAGCUGGAAACAUAUCAGAAGGUGAAAUUUUUUUAUCACCCGCUUUGCUACACUUACAUGGUCUUCAAAAUAACAAAUCCUUUGCUAUAUUUCGCAAAGAACAAGAAGAGGAGCCCAAAACUGAUCCUUUACAAGAAGACAUCAUGAAAACUACAAGCGUGAUAUAUAGUAACAUGUCUGCGUGCCUGAUCAAAAAAGAAAAGUGGAGUAGGGCAAUUGAGUGCGCAGAUAAGGCUUUGAAAAAUGAUCCUGAUAAUACAAAAGCUUUGUUUCGUCGUGCACAAGCGUACAUUUCCGAUGGUAAUACAACAAGAGCAAGACAAGAUCUGGAAAAAUUGACGGAAAAAAAUCCAGAUGACCCAUUAGUUAAACGUGAAUGGCAACGUCUUAAACAAAAGGAUAGGGAGCAAGAUCAAAAACAACGUAGAGAACUAGCUGGAAUGUUUGAUCGAAUGAAAAAACUUGAUGAAAAAGAGGAAACAGAAAAGGUUAAAAAGAAGACUGCAAACGAGUCCACCAAUGAACCAAAAAUCUCUGAAAUUAUAGAUGAACCGCCAAAGAUUUCCGAAAUUGUAGAAGAUGAAGCUAAAAUUUCCGAAAUUGAAUAG